UAAAUCAUUUUAUUAAUUAAAAGAAGGAAAGAAUUGUAGAAAAAGAAAACAUCAGCUGCCUUCUCCAACGUUCUUUGUUGUUCUUCACUUUUUCAUUUUCCAGACGCACACAUUUUUAUCACUUGUAAUCAAGCCUAUCAGAUUCUUCUGCUUUCCUCAAAUCACAAGUGAUCAACGGCAGCGAUUUGACUUCCAUUUCACAUACCUGACUUUUUUAGUUUUGUCCGACGGCUCUUUAGCUCGCACGACCCAUUCUGGCGGCUGUCCACCUUUUUUAGUCUUUGGUUAGGUGAGUUCUUAAUCUUUAUUUUUCAUACUUGUUGUGACAUGUACUUUAUUAUAGAAGAUGGUUUCAGUUUUACGCCGCUGCUCUAAGGCCAAGGGAAAAUUUGCAACUAGUCCUUCUCAUGCAUCAAAUAGUGGUACAACUAUUUCACUCAAUUCAGUUGAAGAUGUUCCUCUGAUUGUCUCUUCGCAAGAUGAACAAUUUCAGCCUUCUCCUCCCAUUGCUCCUUCUAUCACAUUAUCUCAUUCAGAGGAUGUCACUCUUCCUACUACAGAUUUCACCUCAACCAAAGUGAAAAGUGGUCGCACACGAGGGAAAGGCCUAAGUAAAAUGAACAAAUCCUUUGGUAAGAAGUUGAAAGUGCAUGUUGAUUUGAUCAAAUGGAAGGAUAUGGAGGUUCAUGAUUUCAACCUUGCACUGGAUAACUUAGACCUCCACAUGGAAAUUGAAGACAUAGGUGAUGAAGCAAUACAAGAGAAGAUUGAGCAAUUGUUGAAGAAUCGAUCUAGGAAUGCACGGUAUAAGUUGCACAAACAUUUUAAGAAACUUACAACACUUGAGGAGGCACAAAGAAACAAGACAAAAGAAAAUGGUUUGACUCAAGAUAAUUGGAAUUUACUUUGCAAAUAUUGGUCUGAUCCUAAUGUGAAGGCAAAAUGUGAAAAAAAUGUUGAGAAUCGAACAAAGAAUACUAUGCCACAUAACCAAGGAUCUGUGGCUUUAGUGGUGGUCCGCAAUGAGAUUGAGGAGAAGGAGCUUAAUGGGGAGGAAUGUGAUCGAAUUAGCUUUUUUAAAUUCACUCAUUUCAAAGAAGGAAAGGGUUGGAUGCCCCCAAAAGCUGAGGCAAAAUAUGUUUGACUGAAAAAAUAUUAUUUGCUAGAAUUACUUGCAUUAUUCAAGUGAUCAUCGGCGACGGUUUGACUUCCAUCUCUCAUACCUGACCUUUUCAGUUCUGUCCAAGGACUCUUUCGCUUCCACUACCCAUUCUAGCGGUUGUCCACCUUUUUUAGUCUUUGGUUAGGUGAGUUCUUAAUCAUUAUUUUUCAUACUUGUUUAUCUCUAAAUUUAGUUGAUGUAAUUAUUUUGGUAAGUGGUUAUAUUUUGGUCACCUUCUAGUUAUUAAAUCAUGGAUAAGACUUAGAUGAAGGGGAAAAAAAAUGGUCAAAAAGAUAUGUGGAAUGAGUAUGAUCUUUUUUGAAAUUUGUGGAGAACAACUUAGGUGGCAAAUGUGAUAUUAGAUGUCUAUGUAUAGAUUGUCUGAAUUUGUACAUCCAAAGGCAAUGUUGUUUGCGAUCACCUACUUAUUCGAGGGAUAGACACCGACUACACUAGAUGGAUCUAUCAUGGCGAGCUCUCUAAUUAAUUUUGAUAUUGGUUCUCCUUCUCAUCCUAAUGGUUGUGAUGAUGAGGACUAUCAUGGAACACCUAAUAAUGAGGGAGAGGAUGAUGGGAUCCAGGAGAUGUUAAAUGACUUUGAGAAUUUAAGAGAUCAUUGUAUGGGAAGUGGUCCUCGUGGUGAUGUUCAUAGUGAGGCAGCAGGGCAUUCAUGUACGAGUUUUGAAAAGUUGUUGAGGGAAGGUCAACAUGAGUUGUAUCCAGGUUUUUCAAAUUUCACAACAUUGUCAUUCAUAGUAAAGUUGCUUCAUUUGAAGGUGUAUAACAAAUGAAGCAAUAAAUCAUUUGACAUAUUGCUUAGUUUACUUAAACAAGUGCAACCAAUCGAUGAGAAACUUCCAAAAUCUUAUUACGAAGCAAAAAACAUGUUGCUGAUUUGGGUUUAGGAUAUAUCUCUAUACAUGCAUGCAAGUAUGAUUGUGUCUUAUUUUGGAAAGAUUAUAAGCGUUAUCAAUAUUGUCCUAAGUGUGGUACUUCUAGAUGGAAAAUAGAUGAUGGGAAAGGCAAAAAAAUUCCUCAUAAAAUUUUGCAAUACUUCCCCUUGAAGUCGAGGCUUCAAAGGUUGUUUAUAUCAAGAAAACAGCUAUAGAAAUGAGGUGACAUAAAGAUGGAAGAGUAGAUGAUGAAAUUUUGAGACAUCCAGGUGAUUCUCAGGUAUGGAAAGAUUUAGAUAGGGAUUUCCCAUGGUUUGCACAAAACUCUCAAAAUGUAUGUCUUGGUCUAACAACCGAGGAUUCAAUCCAUUUGGAAAUAUCACUAUUAAAAAAACUUCAUCCUUAAUAGAACAAUUUGACAGAUUUUCUUGACAGUUCUCAAAACUGUUAAGAAUUUUAAUUCUUGACAUUUCUAAACUAUCAAGAAUUUGAAAUAUUGACAUUUUGGAUAAUUCUUGAUAGUUAUUAACCGCCAAGAAUUUGGAAAAAAUUAAAUUUUAUAAAAAAAAAAUUUGACAGUUGUAGUCUCGAUCCUUAACAAUUUUUUUAACUGUUUCACUAAAGAAAAAGUUUCUUGCCCAUUUUUCAUUCUCUCUGCUGUAAAUUAUUUUCCCAUUUUUCUUCUCCACGUCUCUCUGAGCUUUUGUCUUUGAUUCUUCAUUCUCACCUUAAAUCCUUCUCUGAUCUGCUUCGUUCUCACCCGAUUAUAAGAUUAGCGCUGGCCUUCAAGUCCGUGACUUCAGCCACUCGUCAGUUCGUCAUUCUUCAAGCUCUUUUUGUGCCGCCUUCAGCUGUGCUAGUGCCGCCUGCCGCUCACUCUAUUUGUGUUCGGUCUUCAUCAUCACAACGUCUUUGAAGCUCAUUCAGGAAAGCCAUCACUAGGCAAGACCUUAUUACAGCCCCGACUGAUAGUUGUUUCACGGUUGAUGUUGAGAAAGUUAGGUGGAAUCAUCUAAAAUUGUUGUUCUUUUGAAAGAACUUAAAAAUCUUCGCAAAUCAGGCUCCAAGAGCAUUAUACUUAGCCAGUGGACUACCUUUCUGGACCUCUUGCAGAUUCCUCUUUCUCGGAAUAAUAUUACAUUUCUUCGCUUGGAUGGAACUUAUGUGAUGUGAGAACAAAUAAAAAACGAUAAGCUUUAGGAUCCAUGGUGGAAUCCAGCUGUGGAGCAGCAAGCUGUCAUGUGCAUUCAUUGUAUUGGACAAACCAAGAGUCUCUGUCAUUCAUUUCCUAUCACAUGUAAAAUUUCUUUUUAAGCCCCUAAUAAUAAUGUUUUGGUUCAUUAAAACUAAACUCUUGUACGAUUUUAUUGAUAUUUUUCCCUUUCAUAGACCUAAGGCAAAACCGUAUAUUUUAGGUCUUGUAAUUUCUCCUAGCCAGUUUGGUUUGGUUUGAUAGAUUUAUAGAGUAAGAUAGAUUACUGGACCUGG